AAUAAUGGAUCAAUAGAAAACAGGAAACGGGUUUUGGUUGAUUUCAUUCCAUUUAUGAGUUUUGUCAUUUUAGUCAGUCUUUUGUUUGGAGCCUCCUGUCAAUGUUGAGUAAGGACCCACAUGCAUAGAAAAUGAUGUACUUUUUACUCCAUACAUUGACACCCAAAAAAACUCAUUACAUUUGGAAUGCUAAGCAGGACAUGAAAAUGGUUCAACUCAUGCACUAAUCAAGAGGUCAUCCCUAGUGCCUCUGAUUUUUUUAUUUACCUUUGUUUAACUAGGCAAGUCAGUUAAGAACUAAUUCUUAUUUUCAAUGAUGGCCUAGGAACAGUGGGUUAACUGCCUUGUUCAGGGGCAGAACGACAGAUUUUUACCUUGUCAGCUCAUCGAUUGGAUUUUGCAACCUUUUGGUUUCAAGUCCAACUCUCUAACCACUAGGCUACCUGGUCAGGUAGACUCACGAAACACUUAUUUCUUUGUAAAUUGUGUUGUAGUGUGCCACUGGCUAUCUGUAAAAUAAACAAUUGAGCUGUCUGGUUUACUUCGUAUGACAUUUGAAAUGAUUCAUACUUUUACUUUUGAUACUUAAGUAUAUUUAAAACUAAAGACUUUUAUUCAAAUAGUAUUUUACUGGGUGACUUCCAACUUUUACUUUAGUCAUUUUCUAUUAAGAUAUAUUUACUUUUACUCAAGUAUGACGAUUAGGUAUUUUUUCCACCCCUGUGCAGCACUAGUUAGUUAGUUGGUUUUUCCCAAAGCGUAAUGAAUUCAGACGACAGAGUAGUAGGCUGAUACACAGCCAAUACAGUACGUAGCUGCAUGCAUCUAUAACAAUUGUAUGCGGACCGCCAUAAUACCAAAGAAGAAGAAGACCACUUCCUUCACCACAGCUUUGAGUCUGCUGCGUGAAGCGGAAGAAGUAUGAAUGCACUGACUACUGCGGAGGUUGCAUUGCUGUAAAUGCUGCAUGGCCACUGCAGACUUCGGAUUGAACAUACAUCGGGUUUUACUGGUUCGUUGCACGGAUAGCGCAGCGGUAAUCCGUCUGGUAUUUACAAGGCUACACUUACUGGGCCUCAGACAAUUAACUAUCUGGACUUUCGAAGGGGACGUUAUUCCAACAGACUCUCGGGUAGAGUUAGACGAACAGACAACAGGAUUAUUGGUGGAUAGGGUGUUGAACGUUUUAUUGACUCUAAUAGAUAAUGUAAAAUAUUAUCCAGAAUCUUCCUGAAGUAAGAUUAGCCUACAUCAGACAUUUAUUUGUCACAAUUUAAAUCGAGUUGUGAUAUUUAAAAUUACGUUUGAUUGCUCUGGUCUAGCUGUUCUUUAUAUGCAUGCUAUGACAAAUAAUAACUAGUGUACGGUACACAUUUACUGUCAAGUUUUUUAUUUGAAGAAACGUCGAAGAAAGAAUAGCUUCGACGAUGGAUCGGGACAGAGCUAGUCCGUCCCCCUCCACCCUGCCGGAGUCCCCUGGUCACAACUCUCCUGGUAGCGCCUUACUGCUGGAUCUGAAGAGGGUGUCUGUGUGGCUGGUCGACUGCAGGAAAACACCAGGGCAGAGUGGAACUGUGAGAGAAGGACACGAGGAGGGAGAUGAAGAUAUGAUUUCAUCAAGGGACAGCACUAACCAUUCUCUCAGUUGGAGGGGCUUGUCAUCUGCGGACCCUCAACAACAUUGUGUUGCUGACGAGACAGAGAAGUGUCUCUAUAGACCAGAGCACCCCAAGAAACACCAGCAGAGAUGUAGAGGGAAGAAACCUCACCACUGCUGCUCUGACUGUGGGAAAAGUUUCACUAGCAGGAGUGAUUUCAUUAUUCACCAGUGGAUUCACACCCGGGAGAAACCGUACUGCUGCUCUCAGUGCGGGAAGAGUUUCACUGCUUCUAACGCCUUCCAAUCUCAUCUGCAAAUUCAUGCAGGGGAGAGGCCUUACCCCUGCCUUGAUGGUGGAAAGAGCUUCAAUCAGUCAAGCAACCUGACUACACACCAGCUAACACAAACUGGAGUGAAGCCUUUUAUCUGUGAUCAGUGUGGAAAGAGCUUUGCUGUAGCUUCCACCCUGAGUAGACACCAGGUUACACACACUGGAGAGAAGCCUUAUAGCUGUGAACAGUGUGGGAAAAGCUUUGCUGUAGUUUCCUCCCUAAUUAGACACCAUCGAACACACACUGGAGAGAAGCCUUAUAGCUGUUAUCAGUGUGGAAAGAGCUUUGCUGUAUCAGAAAAACUAACUAUACACCAGCGAACACACACAGGAGAGAAGCCUUAUAGCUGUGAUCAGUGUGGGAAGAGCUUUGCUGUAGUUUCCUCCCUGAUUAGACACCAUCGAACACACACUGGAGAGAAGCCUUAUAGCUGUUAUCAGUGUGGAAAGAGCUUUGCUCUAUCAGAAAAACUAACUAUACACCAGCGAACACACACAGGAGAGAAACCUUAUAGCUGUGAUCAGUGUGGGAAGAGCUUUGCUGUAGCUUCCACCCUGAAUAGACACCAGCUAACACACAGUGGAGAGAAGCCUUAUAGCUGUGAUCAGUGUGGGAAGAGCUUUGCUGUAGUCUCCUCCCUGAUUAGACACCAUCAAACACACACUGGAGAGAAAACUUAUGUCUGUCUAUGUGGGAAGAGCUUUGCUCUAGCUUCCACCCUGACUACACACCAGCGAACACACACUGGAGAGAAGCCCUAUAGCUGUUAUCAGUGUGGCAAGAGCUUCAGUCAAUCAGUACACCUGAAUACACACCAGCGAACACACACAGGAGAGAAGCCUUACAGAUGUGACCAUUGUGGAAAGAGCUUCAGUCAAUCAGUACACCUGAAUACACACCAGCGAACACACACAGGAGAGAAGCCUUACAGCUGUGAUCAUUGUGGAAAGAGCUUCAGUCAAUCAUUAAACCUGAAAACACACCAGCGAACACACACUGGAGAGAAACAUUAGAUAGACAAUACAGUACCAGUCAAAAGUUUGGACACACCUACACAUUCCAGGGUUUUCAUUUUUUGUAUUUUCUACAUUGUAGAAUAAUAGUGAAGACAUAAAAACUAUUGACAUAACACAUAUGGAAUCAAGUAACCAAGAAAAUUUUUAAAUAAUUCAAAAUAUAUUUAAGAUUCUUCAAAGUAGCCGCCCUUUGCCUUUGACAGUUUCGCACACUCUUGGCAUUCUCUCAACCAGCUUCAUGAGUUAGUCACCUGGAAUGCAUUUCAAUUAACAGGUGUGCCUUGCUAGAUGUUCAUUUGUGGUAUUUCUUUCCUUCUUAAUGCCUUUGAGCCAAUCAGUUGUGUUGUGACAUGGUAGGGGUGGUAUACAGAAGUUAGCCCUAUUUGGUAAAAGACCAAGUCCAUAUUAGGGCACCAUCGAGAGAAUCCUGAACUGUUGCAUCACCGCCUGGUAUGGCAACUGCUCGGCAUCUGACCGUAAGGCGCAACAGAGGGUAGUGCGUACGGCCCAGUACAUCAAUGGGGCCAAGCUUCCUGCCAUCCAGAACCUAUAUAAUAGGUGGUGUCAGAGGAAAGCCCAUAAAAGUGUCAGACUCCAGUCACCCUAGUCAUAGACUGUUCUCUCUGCUACCGCACGGCAAGCAGUACCGGAGCGCCAAGUCUAGGUCCAAGAGGCUUCUAAAACAGCUUCUACCCCCAAGCCAUAAGGCUGCUGAACAAUUAAUCAAAUGGCCACCCAUCUAUUACAUUGACCCCCCCUCAUUUGUUUUGUACACUGCUGCUACUCGCGGUUUAUUAUCUAUGCAUAGUCACUUCACCCCGACCUAUGUGUACAAAUGACCUCUAACCUGCACACUGACUCGGUACUGGUACCCCCUUUAUAUAGCCUCGUUACGGUUAUUGUUUUUGUGUUACUUUUUUACACAUUUUGACUUUAGUUCAUCUUCUUGAACUGCACUGUUGGUUAAGGGCUUGUAAGUAAGCAUUUGAUGGCCAGGUCUGCACUUGUUUUCGGCGCAUGUGACAAAUUAAGUUUGAUUUGAUUCUUUAUUAUUCUACAAUGUAUAAAAUAGUUUAAAACAACAACCUUGAAUGGGUAGGUGUGUCCAAACUCUUGACUGGUACUGUAUGUGGGAAGAGCUUCGUUCAUUUAAGGCCAAUGAGAAAACACAAGCGUGCCAUAUUUCAUCUCCCUCCUAUCCGGACCGUUCCAGAUCCAUAAAUAAUGGAUCAGUAGAACACAUCUAGUGAACAGUCAUAUUUCAUCUCCCAUUCUUAGAAGGUUGCCUCAGUCUGAUCACCAUGGUAACCUCUGUGCAGCAUAAUAUGCAGCUCUGAUCUAGGAUCAGGUCUCCCCUGUGUCUAUGUAAUAUCACACAUUUGUGAUUUGAGUGGAUAAAUGUUAUCAUAGAAGAUGUCACAGUGAACCUGUGUGUUGGGGGGGAUAAUCUUCUUUCAUAUAUUCAUGGUACUAUUGUCAUUAAAUCUCAUUAUGUAUAAUGUUUCAACAAUAGGUACAUAUUCAUGUAUUCAAUUGAUCCAUAAAUUCAAUCCAUUGUAUUCUAAACAUGAAUAUAUCACUUCAAUGUUAUAUUUUUAUUAUAAUAAUAAACUAAUCUAAAUUGACUUAUGUUCCUAAAACUAAUCAAUAUUAUUUUGGAUAAUAAUAUCCAUGAGGUCCAGGUAAUAACUAUGUAUACUGUGUCUUGUAACAACGGUUAAUGUAAUAACUUUUAGAUUUAUAAUGUAAUAAAACCGGUAAAUGUAA